ACCAGCCAAUUUGUUAUUCCACAGUAUCAAAUCUCAUACGCAAAGAAGAAAAUACAAAAUUCUUGAAAUAGCUCGUUGAGAAGAUGACGAGGAAAAUGAUUGCGGUGUUGUUCUCCGUUUUCGUCGCCUGCGCUUCUGUUGGGGACGUCAGAGCGGCAGCGCCAACGGUGGCGGAGAAGUGCAGCGACAAGUUCCAGAAGGUUGCGGUGUGCUUGAGCUACGCGACAGGGAAGGCGGAGAUGCCGACGAAGGAGUGCUGUGAUUCGGUGAAGGGGAUAAGGGAGACUCAGCCGGAGUGCCUGUGUUACGUCAUGCAGCAGGCGAACAGCGGGAGCGAGGAGAUUAAGAAGAUGGGGGUUCAGGUGGCCAAGUUGCUUCAGCUCCCCACUGCAUGCAGCUUAAAAAACGCCACUGUCUCCGAUUGCCCUAGGCUUUUAGGCAUACCCGCGGGCUCACCUGAGGCUGCUGUCUUCACCAAUAAUGCAUCAUCAACAGCAACUCCCACUACUGGAGCUGGCGGACAACAAUCGGCACCGGAAAAGGCCCGCAAUUCCAACGGAGUUACAAAGCUUGGACCCCAGCAUGCUGGUCUGAGGGCAAUGGCUGUGGCCAUCGUUUUCUUUGCAUUCCCUGCUUUCUAUGUUUAGCUAGCAUCUGAUCAGAAGAUGAAGGUUCUCUUGUGAGGAAUAUUUUACGUCCUUUUUGUUGGUCGUUUCUGUGUGAUCUUUUUAGGGUUGUUAACAUUUGAUUGCCUUUGCGGUAAUUUGUUGUUUCCUUGGACUCGGUAUCUACGUUUUGUGAACUGCAUGCUGUAGUUGCCCACUUUGGCAAACUUCUAAGUUUAAUGUUCAUUUGUUGUGGUGGGAGCAGAUUAGUAUU